UUGGUGGUGGUGGUUGGAGGGGGUGUUGCAGGAUCCCUUUUGGCUAGACACCUUCAAGACCAUGCCAAUGUCGUCCUUAUGGAUUCGAAGGAGUAUUUUGAGCUCCCUUGGGCGAGCUUGAGAUCAAUGGUUGAACCGUUGUUUGCAGAAAGAUCACUUAUUAAUCACUCUGAAUACCUUCCAAAUGCACGUGUUGUUGUGUCUACUGCGAUUGAUAUCACUGAAAGUGAAGUAUUGACAGAAAAAGGCGAUUUGAUUACAUAUGAUUAUCUUGUAAUUGCCACGGGUCAUGUUGAUAUUGGGGCCCUUGCUAGAAAUGAUAAACUUUGUUUCUACCAAGCAGUCACAUGUCGUAAUGAUACAGGUCCCCAAACUAGAACUAAGAAGCUCAGUCAGUAUGAAACAGAGAAUGAAAGGAUUAAGUCUUCUAAUUCAAUAUUAAUAGUUGGAGGGGGACCCACUGGUGUAGAGCUUGCUGGUGAAAUUGCUGUUGAUUUUCCUGACAAGAAGGUGACACUAGUGCAUCGGGGAUCAAGGUUGUUGGAGUUCAUUGGACCUAAGGCUGGCAAAAAAGCAAUGGACUGGUUGAUAUCAAAGAAAGUUGAAGUCAUCUUGGGGCAAUUUAUUAAUAAUGAAUUAGAUGGUGUUUAUGAAACAUCUAGUGGAGAAACUAUCAAAACUGAUUGCUAUUAUGAUUGCACGGGUAAGCCAAUGGGCUCAUCGUGGCUUAAGCAGACUGUUUUGAAAAAUAGCUUGGAUAUUCAUGGCAGGUUAAUGGUUGAUGCAAACUUGAGGGUGAAGGGUCACAAGAAUAUCUUUGGUAUUGGAGAUAUUACCGAUAUUCCUGAAAUCAAGCAAGGGUAUUUGGCACAAAGGCAUGCAAUGGUGGCUGCCAAGAACUUGAAGUUGUUGAUGACAGGAGGAGAAGAGAGUGGAAUGGCUACUUACAGGGCUGCCUGGCCAUUAGCAUUUGUUUCACUUGGUAGAAAUGAUGCAGUGGCACAAAUCCUCUUUAUAACAAUGAUUGGAUACAUUCCUGGUAUGAUCAAAUCCAGGGACUUGUUUGUGGGGAAGACAAGGAAGCAACUUGGCCUCACAUCUGAUCUUCCUUUAGGGCUAGAAGGCGAUCGAUGAUUUGUAUUCAUUCAUUCUUUUUUUUUUUUUUUUAUUCUUUUUCUUUUUAACCUUUUUUGUUUUAUUGAUGUAAUUAUAAGUAUCUUUACUUGUUAUAAAAUGUCUCCUGUUGGGGCCUUUCGGAUGUUUUAUUUA